AUAGGCUAUUUUUAUCCCAGUGAUGUUUUCUUCGUGAUUCUGAAUCAUCUCUCCCGUACGAUCCCGACUGGACUGGCGACUUCAGCUCAGCUAACUUUUAUUAUUACUGGAAGUGGAAGAGUAUCCAAAGCCCAAAGGAAAUUGUUGGUAUCGAUGCCAAGAAGAUUGACUUGCUUCAAUAGGUGACCGAACAGUCAUACCAAGCAGACUCAUACAAAAAGAGAUCCCAAAUUCCAGUGACAUAACAACGAGAAGCCCUCAUCAUGCAGGCUUUGUUUGGGAAAAGAAAGACCCCGGAGCAGAUGCUGAAGCAGAACCAGAGAGCUUUGAAUAAAACGAUACGAGAAUUAGACAGAGAGAGGACUCGUAUGGAGCAACAGGAGAAGAAGGUUAUAGCUGAUAUCAAGAAGAUGGCAAAGCUAGGCCAGAUGGAUGCAGUGAAGAUCAUGGCUAAGGAUUUAGUGAGAACAAGGAACUUUGUCAAAAGAUUUAUCUUGAUGAAAGCAAACAUCCAGGCAGUGGCAUUGAAAGUACAGACGUUACGAUCCCAAAGUGCUAUGGCUAACGCUAUGAAAGGUGUCUCCAAGGCAUUAAAAACAAUGAAUUCUAAGAUGAAAUUGCCUCAGAUAGAGAAAAUAAUGAGGGAGUUUGAACGAGAAUCAGAGAUCAUGGAUAUGAAGGAAGAAAUGAUGAAUGAUGCAAUUGAUGAUGUCAUGGAAGGAGAUCAAGAUGAAGAAGAGAGUGAUGCCAUUGUGUCUCAAGUCCUUGAUGAACUGGGUCUGUCAUUAUCAGAUGAUCUAGUUGGUAUCCCGACCACAGGAGGAGCCCUCAAUACCAAGAACAAGGAAUCCGGUAAGGUACCCGUUGCUGAAGGAGUAGGUGAUGCUGACGCUGAUCUUCAAGCUAGACUUGAUAACCUUCGGAGAGAAUAGAAAAUACCAGAAAGCAAAUAGACUUUACACAGCCUUUCAGAGCGACAUCCGUCAAAUGCUUUCGCUGAGCAAGGAUAGACAAUUUUAGGAAAGAAUAGAAGUCGGAAACUUCAGAUACUUUCAACAGUAUGUAUGUCUGACCCACCAGGCACAGAUCCAGCCGAAUUAGACACAUUUCAGGGGUCAUAUUGUUUUUAUACAAUAGUGGGCCUCUCAAAACUGUUAUGUCUAAAACCCCUAUUCCACAGAGAGCUUUGCAAGACCUCUGAAAGACUGCUGUAAGAACAAGAAACUUGCUUGAUCUUUCAAAGGUCUUUCAAUAAAAUUUCAAAGAUCUCUCAGGUCUUCCACGCUUCCUGAUUGAUCUUUCAGUGGUGUCCAUGAUCUCCAAAACUGUUUGAAAUGCUUCAAAAGAGUCUUUUUGCAGCCUUUCAGGAAAAUUGUCUUUUGAUGCUCUCUCAACGGUCUUUCAGGAAAAUGGUCUUUUGAUGCUCUUUCAGCAGUCUUUCAGUGGUCUCUUGAUGAACUUUCAAAGUUCAAAUUAGUCUUUCCAUGAUCUUUUGACAGUUUCUUUUUUUGUGGAGAUUGCUGAAAGACUCAUGAGAGAUCCUAGAAAGAUCAUUGAAAGAUCACUGAAAGAAGUGAAAGUCCAGGAAAGUCCAUUGAAAGAAUCUUGAAAGAUCAAUUGUUGCAUAAAAGAUCUCUGAAAGGCCAUUGAAAGAUCUUUAUAGGACUAGUCUAAGCCCAGUAAGACAAGAAGUACCAAUCACUUUUUUGGAGUACUUUGAGGGUCUUUCAGAGCCAUUCCACAGAGAUGACAAAUUUCAGUGAUCUUGGAGACUUGUAAGACCUGGCCAAUUUUUGGUGUUUCAAAGGUCCUUCAAAGGUCUCCCUUUUUGUGGGAUGUGGGCCUUAGUUGGCUGGAUCCUCACCUGUGACCCACUAUAUGUGAGAGUUUCCUGAAAUGUUUCAGCUCUGUUUUGUAGGUUAUAUGAAAAGAUGUAAUGCUCUCAAAUUAUCAUAGCAUGAGUGGUUUUUCAAGUGAAGAAAGAAUGGAGAAAAAUAGGACCAGUCACACAAAAAAGUUGUUACCUUAUGGAAUCUGCUUUCAGCCUUUUAUUGGGAGAGCACAUACUUAGUAAUCAAUAACAAAAUCAUGAUAAGACUGAUGCUAACUUGCAAGAGAUGUUUUAAAUUCUUAGGAGAGAGAAGAGUUUCCAAAAUGAAACGGGGGGCCUGUUGCAGAUUAAUAAGCAUUUAAAUGCAACUAAGAAAAUCAAAUGCAAGUCUCGGAUACUCGCUCGUGAUUGGUUAAAGAUCAAGUUGCAUUUGAUGUUUAUAAUGUUUGAUUACAAUUCUUUUUGCAAGUGCUCCAGGGCUCUAUUAACCCUAAUUCUCCCGGGGGGGGGGGGCCAUUAUGGCCCCCCCUCGACAAUUUUCGCGAUAUAUCUGCUGCGCAAAAUUUUUUGACCUCGCGGCUCACAGACUUUUUACUUUCAAGUCUCGCGCAAAUUUUGAGACCAAAUUUGUGAAGCCCGGGUACGCGGUUACGACAUUACGCAACAUUAUGUAAGUGCAUGUCAGACCCAAAUUUGCUCAUAAACGUGAUUUCAUGUACAAAUCCAAUGCAAAUUGUGUAUUUGGCCAAAAUUCAUAAAUGUAUCAUUAUUUCUACUUUUAAUGAUUAAACUUAAUUAAUUUUGCCUUGUUUAUGAUCAGAAUUAAGUCUGGAACGAUUUCCAUUGAAAAAACAAUAAAAAACAAAAAGUAAAAAAACAAAGAAAUACAUAAGAAAUUUAAAAAAAAUAAAAUACAUAAGAAAUCGGUCUUGGUACCAGAAUUUUUUUCAUUCACAAUUGUUAGGAAUGCUAUAAAGAAUAUUUUCACCAAAAAAUAGCAUUCUAGGAGCUUUAUUUAGUGAAUCAGAGCAAAAAGUAUGAUUUCAUGAAUAAAUUAGCAUAAUUAAUUCAUAUAAAAUAGAAAUAUAUGAAUUCAGUGAAAUUUACCAAUGCAACUGCGUAGAUUACGUCAUUCUCUACCAUCAUGCAAAUUUUCGUUGUGAUCGCGCAAUCCACGGCUGAGAUCUUAAGGGGGGGUCAUAAUGCCCCCCCCCCCCCUGGGAAUGACAA